AACGAAAUCUGUUCCGCCGCCGCUGCAUCAAAGACGUAUGUCUUCUCGUUAAGAACGAGUAUUUUGGAGUAAAUUUCACCUGAAGGUCGAUAUUUCACUUGAGGGAUAAUUUAUAUCGUCUGGGACAGUGUAUUUGUAUAAUACAGAGUAUUCUUGUUUAACAGAAUAUUGGAGUAUAUAUAUUGUCGAGGACGGUGAGUUUGGACUAUAUUUAUUGUCAGGGAACAUAAGUUGUUAAUUUUAUUCAGGAAAAUAUAUUUCUGGGUACAUUUGUAUUAUAACUCAUACUGAAUGAUCAACAGCAAUGUCUGUGCGAUCGUGGCCAACAGCACGUGAUAGGGAACCAACUGAGGUUAACCCAGCCAGGUCCGAGCCCGGACAAGGAUGCCUUGAAGGAACAUGGAGAGGUGUUCGGUUAGAAAAAGAAGAAAUAGAAAAGGAGAAGAUAAAUGCCUUGUUUAAGACUCGUAUUCACUUAAUGAACACCCUCACAGAGACGAAAGGAUGGAUACAGAAGGCAAUUUAUGCUGGUGAACCAGUGGCUAAUAUUAAGACAAAGAAAGAGCAUUACGAUGAAUGUUGGAGAGAGUUUGUCAGCAAGCACGAACAAUACAUGGAGUUACUCGUGAGCGAAGAGGAAAAGGAUAUUGCAAGUCGAAGUUAUAAAGAACUGAUGACCAAAAAAAUGCAUUUGGAUGAAAUAGUGAUGUCUUUACGAAGGAGACUAGAGCUAGAGUCAAGACAAAAGGAAGAAGAUGCUAGUUCAUUCUCGGGAAAAUCAAGGCGAACUUUGGCAAGUAAGUCAAGUCACAGUUCAAAAUUUUCAACUGUGUCAAAAAGGAAAGAACAGUUAGCGCUCGCUCAGUUGAAGAGAAGCCAACUAUUGAAACAGCACGAACUCGAACGAAGAAUGACAGAGUUGAAUUUCGAGAAAGAAUAUAUGGAAGCCCGAAUGGAAGAGGAACGAGCAAUUGUAAGUUUGAAUGUUUAUGAGAAUGAAUCAGAUAACAAUUCUGAGCAUGAAAAUGUUAACAAAAACACACUCCCUAUGAAUCAAGGGCAAGGACUAUCACCCCUUUCACAACCUUAUGUACCACAAGAGCAAAUAGUACAAGGGACUAAUAUAUCUUCACCCCAAGUUUGUAAGGUAUAUUCACCCGAAAGGCAUGCUGAACAGUACAAUGUGCCAUUGCAACUGACACAGACAUACCCUCAACAAGAACAACCGGUACAGUCAAUUAAUAUCCCUUCACGACAAGUUUCUGAGACAUAUUCACCCAAAAGGCAAGUCGAGCAGUGUAAUAUGCAAUUGCAACCCACCCAGACGUAUAUUCAGCACGAACAACCCCUACAGUCACCUAAUAUACCUUUAUCGCAGAUUCCUAGAACAGAUUUACCCGAAGGGAAGGUCCAACAAAACACACAGUUAAAGAGAUAGAUACAGGGGAAGAGAUGGUGAGAGCACUGCGACAAGUUGUGUCUAUGCCAAAAAUUAAGUACAUGCACUUUGAUGGUGAUGCAAUUAAUUAUGCUUCCUUCAUGCAUAAUUUUGAAACAUGCCUAGAAAAGGACAACCCUGAUAAUCCCACUCGUUUGCAAUUCUUGAUUCAACACUGCAAUAGUAAAGCCCGUGAUGCAAUUGAAAGUUGUGUAAACUUACCAGCUGAAGAAGGAUAUACAACUGCAAAGAAAACGCUGUAUGAGAACUUUGGAAAACCGCACAUAAUCGCACGAGCACAUAUUAAUAAGUUGCAGAACUUACCACCAUUGAAACAAGCCAAUGGAGCAAGUUUGCUGGAGUUUUCCAGGCACUUAGAGGUUGCAGAUAGAACGUUGAGAAGUAUGGGGCCUGGACAGAGCGUGCUGGUACGACGAUUGAAUCUGGCUCUAAGUUUAAAGAUUUCCUCCACUUCGUGAAGAAAAGAGCAACGCUUGUAAACAAUGAGUUUGGGGAAGAUCUUUGUGCGAGUCUUGUUAAACCGAAGGAAAAUGUGAGGAGAAAAGAUGGAUCGAGAGAACCCUCCCGAAGAUCAUCUUCAUUUGCAUCCGGCUUGGAUAAUCGACAGAGUCAUAAGAACGGAAGUGGGAAUUCGAUACGAUGCACGAUGUGUUCUGGCAACCAUAGAAUUUGGAGAUGCGAUAAGUUCAAGAAACUUUCCUAUCAAGAGAAGAAGAAAGUUGUGCAACAACGAGAACUUUGUCUUAAGUGUCUGAGUGAAGGCCAUUAUGCGAGAAAUGUCCUAAAAUUCAUUUUAAAUGUCUGGUAGAAGGAUGCAGUAAAGGACAUAACGCAUUGUUACACCCACCGCAACCUGAAGCUGUUAAGGAAGAAAAGGAAGACCAGAAACCUCCAGACCCAAUUGAAACAACUGGCGGAACAGGAGAACAAGAAGUGAAAGUAACAGUCGCAACUGGGGCCGGCGAAAGAGUGUGCUUAAGUGUUGUUCCUCUUAAAGUACGAGCAAAGGGAAGUAAUCAACCCGCCAUUGGAGCUUAUGUACUCUUAGACAGUGGAUCUGAAGUUACGCUUUGCCAUGAACGUUUGAAGAAACAACUUGCAGUAAGUGGAAGGAAGCUGGACUUCACAUUGUCAGGCAUGACCGGAUCGACCAAAGUAAGAAGUGAAUUGAUAGACAUUGAGGUGGCCUCACUGGAUGGUGAGAUACUGAUCGAGUUGUCAAACGUUAGAACUGUCAAUCAAAUGCCGAUCUCGGAAGCCUGCAUUGCAAAGAAAGGAGACGUUCGAAGUUGGUCUCAUUUACGUGAUCUGCCAUUACAAGAGUUGGAAACUAGAGAUGUUAUGUUGGUCAUUGGACUUCAAGAGAACCCUUCCAUGUUUUUGCCUUUGGAAUAUCGAUCUGGAGAAGAAAGGGAUCCUGUGGCAAUCAGAUACAGUUUGGGUUGGACUGUGAUUGGGCCCGUUGGUGAAAAAAUGGAUGGCAUGUGUGCGACAUCCAAUUUUGCUAGAAUGUCUGUCAACGCUGAUGAUCUUUCAACUGAAGAUCGUGCGUUUGAAAGUCUGAAGGAAGCGAGUUAGUUUCUUACAGGAGAUCGUGCCAUGGAAGAAAGUGAGCAUGUAAUGAAGGGUAGAACUGAAGAAGUUAAAGAAGUUGAACGUGUUCAAGUUGAUCGUGAAAACACGGAUGAAGAUCUAAAACACCAAUUAGAAAGGCUGUGGAAAACAGACUUUGAAGGUUCUUUAGUCGAAACCAAGGUGUGCCCGUCGGUGGAAGAUAAGAAAGCGCUACAAAUAAUGGAAAAAACACUGAAGAUAGUGGACGGUCAUUUUCAAGUUGCUCUGCCCUGGAAGAAUAAUCCACCAUAUUUGCCCAACAACAAGAUUGUUGCAGAAAGACGGGGUUUGCUUCUGAAAAAACGCCUCCUCCGCGAUGACGAACUGUUGAAAAAGUAUCGGACAACGUUUAAUGAGUACCUUGAAAAGGGUUACGCUGAGAAAAUCCCUAAAGAGCAAUUGAACAUGGAGAACAGACCGAUCUGGUAUGUCCCGCACCACCCGGUUACGCAUCCCCUAAAGCCCGAAAAGGUUCGAGUGGUAUAUGAUUGUGCAGCAAGUUAUGGACGAACGUCGUUGAAUCAACAGCUCUUGCAAGGUCCAGAUCAAACAAAUCAACUGACUGGCGUGCUUAUCCGAUUCCGAGAAGAAUCUGUUGCAAUGGUUGCAAAUGUAGAAGCAAUGUUCCACCAGGUCUUGGUGGAACCCCGCGAUUGUGAUGCACUACGGUUCUUAUGGUGGCCGAGCGAUGAUCUUUCUGGCGAGAUGGAGGAAUAUAGAAUGACAAGACACCUAUUCGGGGCUACGUCUUCGCCUAGUGUUGCUAAUUUCUGCUUGCGUAAAACAGCAGAGUUAUAUCAAGCUGAAUUUAACCCUGUGGCUAUAGAGACGGUGAAACGUAAUAUGUAUGUCGACGAUUUGAUGAAAUCAUCGAAGGAAACAAGCGAGGCGAUAGGCUUAGUGAGUCAACUGCGCCAUUUACUCGAAAAGGGUGGUUUUCGUCUCACAAAAUGGUACAGUAAUAGCAGAGAGGUGAUGAAAACGAUUCCCGAAACAGAAAGAGCCAAAUCUGUGAAAGAUUUAGAAUUGGACCGGCUGCCUACCGAAAGCGCUCUUGGCAUCAAGUGGAAUACCGAAGAAGAUAAAUUUGAGUGGCAUGUCUCGGAGAAAAUGUUGCAGUUAGUAAACGAAGCUUCGGUCACUCGGCGAGCGAUCGUAUCAGCUGUUUAUUCACUCUUCGAUCCUUUGGGGUUUAUUGCACCCUACGUAAUGAAAGCGAAGUUGUUGCUACAGAUGUUAUGUAGAAAGGGAGUUGGAUGGGACGAUCCACUUCAAGAAAACGAGAAGGCGCAAUGGAAACGAUGGUUGGCUGACCUUCCAAAGUUACAAGCAAUACGUGUAGAUCGCUGUUUCAAACCCGUUGGAUUUGGCGUUGUCAAGGAAAUACAGCUACACCUCUUCUCAGACGCCUCGCGACUUGGCUACUCGGCAGUUGCAUACCUCCGUUUAGAAGAUACCAAUGAACAGAUUCAUUGCGCGUUUGUUAUGGGAAAGGCUAGGCUUGCUCCCUUACGAGAGAUUUCAAUUCCAAGAUUGGAACUAACCGCUGCAGUUAUCUCCGUGAGACUUUCCAAGAUCAUACAAGAAGAGUUGGACCUGGAGAUAGAAAGAAUUUACUACUGGACAGAUUCGAUGUCUGUCCUGAAGUGCAUUAACAACGAAAGCAAGAGAUUCCACACCUUUGAAUCCAACCGCCUAACAGUAAUCCGUAGUGGCUCUGAUCCCUCCCAGUGGAUGUAUGUGAACCGAGAUGACAACCCUGCCGACGACGGUUCCAAGGGAGUUAAAUUGGACGCCAUGAUAUCUAAUGAUCGGUGGCUAAAUGGUCCUGAGUUUCUUUUGAAGGACGAAACACACUGGCCUACGAUGGUUCAAGUCCCGGUUUUGAAGUCUGAUGACCCCGAAGUGAGAAAGGAAGCUCAGAUUUACGCAACCACAGUAAGAUGUAACGUCUUGGAGAAGUUGAUCUCACAUCACUCCAGCUGGUGGAAGUUGAAAUGCUCGGUUGCAUGGUUAUUACGCUAUAAAGAAUGUCUUCGAGCCAAGGUGAAGCUAAAGAAGAGCUCAGUCGUGGUCGAUACUGAAGUCGAGACAACAGCGAAUGUUGGACGUCUUACGAUAGAAGAAUUGAAGAAGGCUCAAGAUGAAAUCCUUCGACAUGUGCAACUAACUGCGUUCCCGGAAGAAUUGAAGAAGGCUCAAGAUGAAAUCCUUCGACAUGUGCAACUAACUGCGUUCCCAGAAGAAUUGAAGAUACUCACGGUUGCUGAACGUGCUAAGAAACCGGAUAAAGUAUUCCUCCGGAAGACAGGAAUGUCACUUCGACAGUUGAAUCCACAAUUAGAAGACGGAUUGUUAAGAGUUGGCGGUAGACUCGUUAACGCGCCAAUCGAUGGUGAUUUAAAGCAUCCGAUUAUUUUGCCCUUCAAACAUCCAGUUACAGAAAUGGUAAUUCGUCAGUACCAUGCGGAAGUGGGACACAUGGGUCAAGAGUCCGUCCUUUCUUCAUUAAGGAAAGAAUUUUGGAUCGUGAAAGGAAGAACGGCGGUACGACGUGUGGUGCGAAGCUGCAUUAGUUGUCAACGGAGAAAGGCUCGUUUGGGAGAACAGUUUAUGGCGAAUUUACCGAAAAUCCGUCUAACGCCCCAUCAACCACCCUUUACGCGUGUCGGAGUUGAUUAUUUCGGGCCAUUACAAGUAAAACAAGGACGAUCGGUUGUCAAACGAUAUGGCUGCCUUUUCACGUGUAUGACAACGCGAGCAGUGCAUAUAGAGAUCGCGCAUUCAUUGGACACCGAUUCUAUGAUAAACGCCCUCAGAAGAUUUAUCAGCAUACGAG